AGUCGCACUUUGUUUGAAAGGAAGUUUGACUUCGAGUGCUGGGACCGCGGGACAUUGCAAAUUCGUUAGAGAAAAUCCCAUAUACAGGAGGGUCUAUUCCUGUGUUUCGCUAGCUUCAUCAGAACUCUAUAUGACGUAUUAAUAAGGCGGUCGCGAGAGUUGCGCUACUGGUGCAUACAUUCUCCCCGCCCAUGGCUGUAAAUCCCAACGACACACUCGGUGCUCUCCAAGUGGGGGGCGCGAUCAUGGUGUUUUUGUUUGGAAUUGAAACUUUGCAGACCUAUUACUACUUCAAAAGAUAUCCGAACGAUCGUCUCUGGUUAAAGCUACUGGUGGUCUGGAUAUGGCUGGAAGAAAUCGGCCACACAAUCUCUGUUUUAACUGGAAUGUAUCUCCUUACCGUAACAGAGUUUGGUGACCCAGACGCGCUCGCCGUGACCACCAUGCCGAUUGGCUACGCAUGGUCAAUCGUAUUCAGCGGCUCAGUGGGAUCUAUCGUGGAGAUAUUCUUUGCGCACCGUAUGUACGUGCUGUCAAAAACGUUGUAUCUACCAUCCAUCGCCUGGGCUCUUGCGGCAUUCCGAUUCGUGGGGAGCAUGAUCGCGGCGUCCAAGGUGUUUGGAAGCAUAUCUUUAUCCGUCUUCUCGACAAAAUGGCGGUGGUUGAUCACCGCCUGCUUUGCUGCAGGUGCUGGAGCCGACCUCAUUGUCGCAGGAGGCCAGUGUUAUUACAUUUAUCGCGAAAAACGCAUUGCGAUGGGACCGACGACGAUGAAACUACUCGACCGCCUCUUGACAUAUACCGUCGAAACUGGCCUGGUCCUAAGCAUGAGCGCAGUUGUCAUUCUCAUCAUAUGGGGUACAACUCCACAUAGCUUCUGGUGGUUUGGCAUCUUCCUAUUUUAUACAGAGGUUUUUGCAAACUCUUUGAUGGCAUCUCUGAACACUCGACGGGUCCAGGACGAUGUUGUUGGUGGAACUGUCAUCAGUCUGCCGCGCAAUCCACAGAUCCGUAGUGCAGAUCGUUCCGUAGGAGACGUAAGCGCAAGUUAUGGUUUUCUUUACAGCCGUGACGUUACUCAUUCAAUAUGUAGCGCAACCACCAUUUCAUGAGAGAUCUCUCAAAGUCUGAAUAUGACAUGGACAUCGAACGUUAUGAACUCCCACACGAGAUCUCUUCCAACAGUUCUGCAUACACACGUGAUCAACGACAGGCGACACAUCCAUCAAAUAUCGCUAUUUCAAUUUCUCGAGACGUUUGCGUUAAACACGAUAGGCUGACGGAGUUGGACCGUCAGGCCUCUCAGGAAUAACGCUCUCGCCGGCGUGUAUCGUUACUUAUGUACCAAGAGUACUGUUAUUUACAAAGACAAUGAUGUAUCACAAGAAUAAUUAUUUGCAGUCAUUUUGAGUA